GGACUUCGGCCGAUUUUCGCUUGGGCGAGGAUGGGCGUUCGGGCUUUCAUCGCGGAUCUGCUUCGCCGUGCUCUCUUAGGCAAGUACGAGUGACUUCGGCGGUUUUCUCCAUUCCGCUUACCUUCCGGAGUCUUCAUUUCUACAACCGUUGACUGAAAAGCAGCAGAAUUUUUUUUUUGUUCUGUGACGGAAAAGACGACCAGAUGACAAUGAGGAGGACAACUAUCGUCCCCCUUGUUCGAAGAGGACUAAGAAGGACCAGGCCUUACAGGACCCUCGUGCUGUAGAGUCUGCAUUUUCCUGGCUGCACCCGCCCCUCCUCGCUCUCGCCUAGUUAUUCCACAAGCCUCCACUUUCACGUUUCCUCCUGGAAUCAGGGCUCAGUGUGGCCUUCAGCUCAGAUUAGACCCCCAUGGAUCCACUGCAGAAAUGGGAUCCCAUGUCAAUUUCUGCGCCCUCCCGCAUAGCCACUGUGAUGAACUCCCAAGAGGCCUCGGCAGCCCCUCAGCCUUCCUCUUCUGAAAAGCUAAACAUGGGCCUCAGCAUCCUGAGCGUCAGCCCCAGUCCCAGUUCAGGUGCCCCAGCUCCUCUGUCAGAGGGGCUGUUCCAUCAGCAGGCCCGGGAGAAGAAGGCCCUGUGGCAGCAGUACUGGGAGAAGCAGGGCAUUCCUCAGAGGAAGAAAGUCUUCCUGAGGCAUUCGAGACGCUGGCACCGGGAUCACAUGGCACCUUACCUGCUUGAAAGGGAUGUCAGAGGCUUUCCCUCAGGCGACAAAGCUCAGAAUCAGCUUUUAUGCCAGGGCCACGUGCAGAAUAUUUCUGGGAUGAGUGGGCAGAGGAAUGCAGCCCCGAACCCUCCCUCCUGGGAAACGCUAGUGCAGGGCCUCAAUGGCCUCACCCUCAGCCUGGGAGCCAACAGACCCAGCUCUUUGCCAGAGGGGCCUCGGCAGCAGCAGGAGCCAGAGGACAUGUGCCAGCUGGAGAGACAGCAGGAAAGCCUGAAGAUGUUCCAGAGGAUGCUCAAGUAGAGGAUGUAAGAAGGCCAUGGUGCUGCCCCCCCCCACCCCCCAGAGGAUAGAUGUGAAAACACAUUUAGAAGGUGCUGCAUUACCAUCUUGGUGGCUUGGUCUCCUCUGAGGUCAAGGCAGUCCACUGCCACUGGAUGAGUCCCAACACUUGCGCUAUGAUGGGAAUUGUCCUUGGGAAGGUCUCAACUAUCCUGCCUGUCUUUAAAUAUGCCUUUUUGGUUGUGGUGCUGUGUUUUAGCCUAUACAGAAGAAAACUGGGUAUUAGUGAUCCCCAAAUGUGUGUGAUGUGAUUCAUACACUGAGAGUUUUCACUGAUUUUUCUUAUAGCUCAUCAUUCCCUCCAGCUUCUUGUUAUAAAGAAUCAACACCAUAUGUAUAUAUAUAUGCAUAUAUAUGUGUAUAUAUAGAAGGCAUACAUCCACAUG